AUUUGUGAAACGGAAGCAUUUGCAUGAGCGAGCCGCUUGUGUGGCGCCGUCCGGCAUGUCUUGUUUACUGUGAGGUCGGAAUACUACCCUCGGUCCAGCCAGCUGGUCGUUUCUGAUCAAACAACCAUCCCAGAGAUCAUAAAAAAAGGACAGACACGGAGAGAAAGAGCGAGCAAGGGGAUGUUUACUCAUCCCUGUGACUCGCUCCCUCAGAUAGUUUGUCCAAUGGAUGAACAUGCUAUUCCCUCAAACAGUUUCUGUAGUGCACCUCCCCACAGUGAACCUCUCCUCCCCCUUUCCUCCGUCACUCCCAGCUGUGCAGAUGAUGGAAUAUCUGGACACAGAAGGAGUGGCCGAAUUCAAGAGAUCAAAGCACAAACCCCUGAAAAGCAAAGCCCUUCAGACAGCGGAGCCGCUCAGGAAUCAUCCAGACAGAAUCUGUCUCCCACAAAGAGACAAAGGGAGAGUGCAAACAUGGUACAAGUGUCGCAGUCCGAGCAGUUUAGAAUUGAAGGCACACAUGUACUGGAGAAUCAAAACGAGGAUGGAUUUGAUGUCAGUUUAACAGCGGAGCACCAAAACAAGCAAAAGACCUGUAAAAGCCCGCGAAAGAAACCAAACGUCUUUGCUUUGGAUGUGGAAGUUGAGCAGUUUGUUGAGGAUACCACACAGAAUCCUGACACCGCUAAAUCUGAGAUGGACGCAUGCGAGGUAUUGGCUGUUGCUCCGAUGGGAUGGGUGAUCGGCCCCUUAUUUCAGUCUUUCAAGUCAAAGAUGGCCAGUUUCACAGAGAUAGUGAUGAGUCCUGUUAAACUCUUCAAAGCUCAUAGUCCUCCACCGUGCACGGAACAUCCAGACAAACUCGAUGAGUGUGAGCUACAAGCCGAUGCACCAUCUGAUGUCGAACACUCAGAGCAGAGCGGUACGUUUCAUCCAGAAGCACAAAGCAGGAAUAGUAAUCGGAUGCUGAAGAGGAUCAGCAGACGCUCAGUAAAGUAGAAGGUUUAGAAAACACAGAAACUGCUGCUCUUGAAUAUUCAAAGAAAUUAUUGUUUGAUGUGGAGUUGCAAACACACAGCUCUGAACAGUCAGACGAAAGUGCAAUAACCCAAAAGGAAAUAAGUUCUCUUGAUUCUUUGCCUUUGCAACACCCUCCCUUACCCUGCAUUGUUUCUGAGGAAGUUGUAAGUGCCUCGCAUGAUUCCAGAGACAAGUUUUCUGCUGUCAUGGAAGACCAGGUAGGCAAUGUGACUGUCCAGCUGAAACCACUGCUGAGGAAAUGUACCGUUAAUAGAAUAAGAAAAGAAAGAGUAAAGAAAGUUACCCCUAAGUCUUCCGAAUCCAAAGUCCAGAAGGAAGAGUCGGAGGUUAGUGAUGAGCAGGUUUCUUUCAUGAAUUCUGUAAAAUCAGACAAACCUGAUUCAGUCUGUUCUAAUAAUGGACGGACACUUAGGCCUUCCUUGAAUACUCAGCAGCUGGAGUCUGGACUGAACCCUGACUCUGACUCAGCUUCAACUCUUGUCCGGGCCAAGAGGGGUGUGGAACUGGACUGUGAUUCUCAAGAAUCUGUGAAGAAGAAGAGAAUGACUGCAGAUAAAUCAAAAAAGGAAACAAAAAGACAAGAGUUUUUAAAUGUCGCCUCAGAAGGUGGCAUUGUGGAACCAUCAAUAAAUAAAGUUGUGAUGACAAAUCCCAUUGUAGAUCAGGAAGAACCACUGAAGCCUGCUAGAAAAAGACAAGCUGCUUUAAAAAGAGAAAAUAAGAAAGGGAAAGUAGUACAAGAGUUGCAGCCUGUGUUGAACGCACAGACUGAAAGUUCCUCUGAUGCGAUGUUGGUUUGCUCACCGGAGGAAAUCAGUGCUGUGUCAGAAAACAACCAAAAGGGCAGCGGCCACACAGUGAAGCCGACAAAAAAACUAAUGACACGAUCGAACAGUAAGGAUGUAGAAACCAACCCUGCGAAACAAAUUGAGCAGGAACUGUUAUCACUAGUCCUUGUCCGUCCUUCUAUAAAGCCCCUCCAAAGCACAAGCAAGCGCAGGAAUAUAAACAGCAAACCACUAAAACGGAAAGCAACAACCCAAUCAGGUCCAACUUCAGAAUCAGACUGCACUUUGGUUACUACCUCAUCAGCAUUAUCAAUGAAGCAUCUACAACUCACAGCUCGGAACACCUCUUGGGAUGAUCAGAAAGAGGAGAGCUUGGAAAAGGAGCUCAAGCUGCCGUCCAAACGAUCCAAAAAGGCUUUAAAAGUUGCUGAUAAAUCAUCUGUGUCGUGUGGGAAUCGAGAGACAAAGCAGUGUGUAAAUAACCUUCAUUUGGUGGCCAAAGAAAACCAGCCUAAACAAGGCAAAUGUAAAAUCUCAAUGCACACUGUUUAUUUUGAAAUGACUCCUUUUGAAAGUACUCAACAACCUGUUUCUCCACCCUGUCAAUCUGAUGGAGACUCUAAUGUACAAUUGGAUAAAGAAGUUAAACAUGUUGUUGAAGGGAAAGACAGGGUGGCUGCUUCUGUGUCAGAAGAGGUAGAGGCCAGUAAACAAAGCCGAACGAGUGUGUGUGGGCUAAGGUCUACUGCAAGAAGGGUUAACAUUGUGCCAAGGAGAGCCGAUAACCAAAGGAGAAAAAGCAGAGUUUUAAGUAGGACUCUUAAAGGUGAGGAGGUGACCAGCUCCAUCACUAUGGAUGAUGCAGACCUGGCGAGUUCACGCUCCUCAGGAAACUGCACGUCAAAAGGCCUGUUGCGCAGCUACUCUUGUCCAGAGAUUCCGUCCCUUCAGUCUCAGGACACGCUGUGGACUUCUACUCUGCACUCCCCGCAUCACCGAAGGAUCCACAGCACACACCAGCACCAAGCCUCCCACACUCCCUCUGUCCAUCAUUCCCAGAAAUCCCUGCGACGGGCUCGCCGACACACGGUCUGCAGUGUAGAGGUGGAGAGGGAGAUCGCCCCUCUCUGCCUCCGUAAGGAGGUGUACCCCUCCAGAAGAUCUCUGCCGUCUCUCCUGUCUCCCAGUUUUGCUCUUUCUCCCAGCUCUGCCCUCUCAGCUCUUGCUUCCUGUUUCCUCUCAAGCCCCUUGGCGUUCCUUUCCAAGAAAGCUGACAGCAGAGGAGCUGCAGCCAGCCCAUGCUCAUCCAGUCAUGUCCCCCCCCCCUCCUUCUGUUCUCCUUUAUACCCUUUCAUAUCCAUCCAAAGAAUUGACGACCCUAGUGCUCCGUUGGACUUCAGCAGCAGUGGGCAAAGUGAAAUUGAGAGAAGACGACAGAGUAAAGAGGAGGAUGAUGGCGAGGACACGAGCACUUCCAGUCAGGAGUUUGAAGAUAUAGGGUUAAGAGAAGAGAAGGCCUUUUCAGAUUCAGAAAUCAAGCUGGUGCAAAAACAUGAGGAACGCGGCAAGGUGUCGUCUAUUAGAAUUCGGAAAACUUUGCCCAAACCUCAAAACAACCUGACACCCAUGGGCCUGCCCAAAGCCAUCAGGCUGAAAAAGAAGGAGUUUAGUUUGGAAGAAAUUUACACCAAUAAGAAUUUCAGCCAACCUCCUGAGGGCCGGCUGGAGACCAUUCUCGAAGUGCCUCUCAAUCGUAAAAAUGGCUCCGAGUCCUGGUUCGGCCAGAGGCGAGUCAAACGUUUUCUGGAAUUCUUGGAUGCCGGUGAGGUCCGAAGACCAAAGAAGCCACUUGUUGGUGUUGGAAAGUCAGGAAAUUCAUCCUCCAGGACGAGGCGAGGGGCCUUUGCUAAAGACGAGCUUUCCAUCAGCGUGCAGGAUUCAGACUCCCUUCUCUGUGCCAAACUCGAUCAGCUGAAUUUGUGGUUGAUAGAUGAUCAGAGAGACAGUUGACAGCUGCCGCUUAAAAGACACUGCAAGUGAUCAUUUUGUUCAUACAAAUAUUUGGAAUGCAUUAACAUAAAGAUUCACAUGUGAAUCGUUCAGCUCUUUUUUUUUUGCCAGCACAAUCUGUGUAUGAUUGUUGUGACGUUAUUUUUUACGAGUAAUGUUGUGUAAAAUAUUUAGCCCUGCGGAAGAACAAUUCAUCAUUGCACCAGCAAAGUGUUGCCUCGCGUUGGUUAUAAACACAGUGGUUAAUCGCAUUAUACAUAGUAUUUUCAUCAUUAAUGCACUUGAACCUUGGCCGUCCAUUUCCCCCCACAGCUUUACAUCUGUGAUGAGUAAAACUGUCCAGAAACAAAUGUUGCCAGCCUUAAAUUAAACACUUAGACAAUAUAAGGACGUUUUCAUCAUAACCUACAGUUUUUUCAGAUUUUCAAAUCAAUGCAUCCUCCCUGGGGAAGUUAUGAUGCCGUUUUGUCAGGCGAAUGCUGUAUGCAGCUGAUAUCUUUUGCAUUGUUGUUUGAGAGAAAAAGCAUUGUAACAUACUCCUGACCUCACUUCCAGCAGUAUUGCAAGUGUAUCCAUAAAGGCAGCUAUUCUUUAUUAAUGCUGAAUGUAACUUUAAAACAUGCCACACAGAGAUUUGUAUUCGCUGUAGCCAAUCUCACAACCAGUAUGUACAGUAGUUUGUGUCUGCAAGCGACUUGUUAAUCUUUCUACCUUGGUAUGUUAUAUUAAUAUUUAUGCAUGUUGUUUGUACAUUCAUGGAAGAAUGGGGAUUUUCUUGUAUAAAAUAUAGCUUCCUUUAGAGAGCACUUCACCAAGAGUCGAGGUGUUGAAAUACCACUGCUGGCUUUAUUACGUCUUUUUCUCUCUGGAUAGAUUUAUGGUGUCUACAUUUGAUUUGGAAAAGUAACUUCUUUAUCUGUGUGUAUAUUUUUAAGAAGCUGCCUUAACUGUAAGAUGUUCUCGCCUUAGAUGUGUUGUAGAUGUAUUUGUUAGCAUCAUUUCAAUGGGUCUUUCAAGUAACUCUUGGCACAAAGGUUUUUAUUAUGAGAUAGUUUCUUUUUAUAUACAUGUAUAAAAGUACAACAUAUUCAUACAUUUGAUAUUAAUAAAAGUAAUACGGUAACAAUGCAAUAGUGCCAAAACAAGUGACCCUCUCCUUGAGUUCCUGUAUAUAUGGUAUCUAAGAAUGAGUAUCUUGUAAUGGCAUUUAAGGUGGAAAUAUAUAAGGAUUGGGUCAUUACUGGGUAAUGACAUGUUAUCUUUAAUAUAUGUAAUGUAAAUGUGUCAUGUAGUGUUUUGUCUCAGAGUAUUGUUGAUGCUGGAUUUUUAUACGGUCAUUUAGAUUCAGAGUUUUGUUCACAUAUUGUUAAAUAAAUAUUACAGUAAAAAACAAGUCCAAGUUUUAAAGAUUUUGGUACUGUUUUUAAGGGUAGUAUAAAAAACAUAAAAGGUUUAGAGGUAAAAAAAAGUGUAAACUGGGACAGUAGACAUUUCCUCAGUACAAGAAACACUAAAGCCGCCAUUUUGUGUAACUACAGUUUCCUCAUAUCUUAAAGGAUUUUAGUUUGUACUGUCCACUGUCUGUCAACAUCCGAAAGUCACUCUCUUGUAGAGGUUUAUCAAAGUUUAUCAGUUUUGCAGUGUGAUGAUGUAUGAGAUCAGAGCCAUCAGUAUGGGAAUCGAAGCCAGAAUGGCCAACCAUACCACGAUGGAGAUGAUGGCCAAUUUUCUUGCCUUUCGGGAUGCAUUCUUUCUCUUUUGACCUUCAGUAUUCUCAGCCUGUUGAAGUAAGGACAAAACCAUACUUUAAAUUAAGUGUCAAAUCAGAAAGAAGUAAAGAAAACUAGAGGUGCACUCAGAGAGCCAAGGCUAAAUAUCUAAUCUAUCAAUGUUAAUGUAUCUGCUCUGUGAUUCCAGUCCUAAUCGAAAAGGUAAAUGGUUCUGCCACCAAGUUAUUGAAAAUCUAGCCAAUAGUUUUUCUGUGAUCUGACAGUCAAACUGAAAUUUAAAAUAUGAACUCCUUGGCAGAUAUAAUAUGUAACUAUGUUGUUUUAAGUAGUUGAUGGAUUUAAAAAGACACUAUUUAACCCCACUGCUGUUAAUGUUAAGACGUGAUUUAAAAUAAAAAAUUUGAAAUAUU